UUUCACCUGUACCGACAUCGCUGUGUUUUCCCAAAAAUUACAAUUUGUAUGAAACCAGUCUUUCUUGGCUUGGGGAACCUGUCCGUGUAUUCCGCCCACAAACAAUUAAUGAAACUUUCUAUUUUUUAUGAAGAUUAUUUCUUGUACUUGCUUGUUCUGCACCUUGUACAAACAGUUUUUUUUAAACCUUCACAGAACAAAAUUCCCGUCUUCUGUCCUGGACUCACGGACGGUGCGCUAGGCGAUGUUCUGUUCAGUCACACAUUUCGCACGCCCGGAUUCCGUGUUGAUAUUGUCGAGGAUGUGCGACGAAUAAACUUACUCGCUAUUUACUCUCGUGCUACGGCCAUGAUCGUCUUGGGUGGUGGGAUCGUAAAGCACCACACAUUCAAUGCCAACCUAAUGCGUAACGGAUCGGAUUACGUGGUUCUGAUUAACACUGGGCAGGAGUUUGAUGGCAGCGAUUCCGGAGCACGCCCCGACGAGGCAGUAAGCUGGGGCAAGAUUCGUGGAGCGGCGGAACCUAUCAAAAUCACCGGAGAUGCUUCUCUCAUUUUCCCCUUGCUUGUUGCCUGUACAUUCGCCAAACACCAGCAAAAACGAGUCACCACUUGA